AUGAACGGCCUCCAGGCACCCCAGGACUGCCUGGGGGGCAAUGUCUGCUCCAUCGAAGGUCUCCCCCCACUUCCCAAGGGUCUCAGCGGGAUCCUCAACUCCAGUGGCGGCUCGUGGCGUGAGAUUGAGAAAGUGUACAGCAAGAAGACACGGAUCCAGGACGACCUGAGCAAGUCACGGGCAGCCUCUGAGAAGCUGCUGCGGAGCAAACCGGCCAACCUGGACUCGGCGCUGGCCAUGCUGCGCAAGGAGAUGGUGGGCCUGCGCCAGCUGGACAUGUCCCUGCUGUGCCAGCUGUGGUCGCUGUACGAGUCGAUCCAGGAGUACAAGGGUCUGUUCCAGGACAUGUCAUCGUCCCUGCACUCCGAGGGCUCCUACGCCGCUGAGAAUGGCUUCUCUGAUGAGGACGAUGAGUUUGAGGUGGAGCCGCCGGGCCCUGACGUGCGCAAGGAGACCCCACUGCUGGGCCGGCUCAGCCUGCCUCAGCCCCAGAACUCCCGUGACCAGUGGCUGCAGGACUCCUUCCACAUCACCAUCUGA